UUCGACGCACAACCUGACCCUCUCGUCCAAAUCCGUGCUCGGCAAGACCACAGAGCGCCAGUACAUCCUGCACCUCCCCGCCAACUACAAGACCUCCAACGAUGCAUCAACACCGUUGAUCAUAGCGUUUCACGGCCAGUCCCAGCCAGCAUGGUCCAUGGAGAAGAUCAGCGAGCUGUCGAAUCCGGCGUUCAACCCCAACGCUAUCGUUGCUUAUCCUGAGGGAUUGAAUGUCCAAGAUCCUGGCGUACGUUCCUCGGCAGCAAAUGCAUCUAGCUUGCGCUCUGCCAGGAAGACAGUUUGACUGACGUGAUGCAGGUGCAAUGGCUGGGCGACCCUCUCGCACCAAACAGCACCACAAUCGACGACCGGAUCUUCGUCUCCGAACUGCUCUCCCACCUGACUUCGACGCUCUGCAUCAACGAGUCGCGUGUUUACGCCGCGGGUCUGUCCAACGGCGGCGGACUGACGGGGUUGGUCAUGUGUGAUGAAGAGCUGAAUAGGAGGCUUGCUGCCUUUGCGACCGUCGCGGGCGCGUUUUACCCAGAUGCGAGUCUGACUGAACCGCUGUUCCAAGCCGAAUGCCAACCAGCGUUGCAGGGCAGGAGGUUGCCAUAUCUCAAUCUCCACGGCCUCGCCGACACAGUCGUGGCGUACAACGGCACCAACACCCCGCCUCCUGCGUCCAUUCCCGUGCCUACUUGGGUUAAAAGCUGGGUGGAGAGGAACGACUGCUCCUCAGCGCCUGUUGUGUCAGAAAUCGAAGCCGGAACCGUGACGGAGAGUAAGUGGACGUGUGGCGGGCAGCAGGACACUGUUGUGCACCGGGCGAUCGAAGGGUUCGGGCAUGGGUGGCCGAGUAAGAAGAAUCAGGGCGAGCCGUUUGAGACGCUGAGGGGUGGGCCGACGGGGUGGGAUGCUACGCCGCUUAUCUUGGAGUGGUUUGCGAAAUGGACGCUGUAGAUGAUUUGAGCAUGUCG